AUGGCGCCCAAGAACAAGAACAAGGGGGCGCUCCAGGGGAGUGAGGAGGUGGAGGAUGCACUGGUGAUGAAGCUCUGCCCCCCGUUCUCGGGUUUCUUCAUCGCCAUCAUGUACACCUUCGACCUCCAUCUUCUGGAUUUGACGCCGUACACCGUGGCGUGUAUGGCCAUCUUUGCUCACCUCUGUGAGAACUUUGCCGGGCUCAAGAUAGACAAACCUGGCAAGGCUAGCAAGAAAAAGGCUGGCAAGAAAAAGGCCGACAAGGCCGAGGAGGUCGACAAGCCGUUCAAGUUGCCGGCGGCCGUGGUCCCUAUGUGCAACAACUCCGCCCAGACCUCCAUUAUCGCCAUGAUGCCGGUGUUUGAUGCCCAUGGCCUCGACCAGACCUGGGCCGAGCCGGACGCGGCGCGAGUGCAGGAGUUCUUCAAUAGUUUGUCGGAGCGGCCUAUCUGUGAGGAGAAGCAGCUCGUCCACGACACCACCGAUGAGGAGGUGGCGUAUAUCGCCAACAUGGCGGAGGAGGCGGCUCUUGCCGAAGCGGCCAGCAGCGCUGGCUUCCAGGAAAGCGAGGCCGGGGCUGAAGAAGACUUUGCCGAGCAAGUGGAGUCCACCGGGGAGCGCAGCGGCACUGCCACCGGGGGCCCUUCUGCCGAGGAGGCGGACAAAGAGGCAGCCGACGACACGGAUGAAGAGGAGUCACCCGAGGAGCCCCCGGUUCAGGGGAGGAGGAAGCGUGUCCUCCGGCAGUCUGGCUCUAGCGAGCCAGUGCGGCGAGCCUCUUCGCCCAAAGAGGUCCCCGUCAAGAAGGCAACCGGCAAGGCCGCACCGCGGCAAGGGGGCCAGACACAACCCGUGCGUCAUACGAGGCGCACGACCGCGGCGGCAGAGGGAGCAGCGGCCGCUGCUUCUGCUGCGGCCAAGCGACGCAGGUCUCCGUCCCCACCCCUCCGCACGGACACCAUACCAGAGGCCGAUUAUGACCUCUCUGGCAUGAGCCCGAACAGGAGGGGGCCAGAGGAAGAGGACGAAGAAAGGGAUGAGUGA